UUCAAGACAAAGCGAAUAAAGGUAACAGUAAAAUCAGACCACUGAAGAACCAAUCAGAGAUAGUUGAUGUAGAAAUAACUCUCUUCAUGGUAGCUAUAUUGGAUGUGAACGAAGCACAGCAAUCAGUUGAAGCUACAAUCUGGAUGCAGGUGCAUUGGAAGAAUGAAUUACUUGUGUGGGAUCCCAGCGAUUAUGGUAAUCUCACUUUGAUUUACCCACCAGACAAAAAUAUGUGGAAACCGGAAUUGGCCAUGAGUAACGGAUAUAACGAACUGACGCCCAUUGGCUCAGAUUUCGUUCUCUUGAAAUCUUAUCAUGACGGUCAAACUGUAUGGGUCCCUGGCCAAAAGGUUCAAUUCCUGUGUAGGAUUGAUGUCACUAAGUUCCCAUUCGAUACACAGACAUGUUAUAUGGAAUUUUUCAACUGGGCCGGGACAAAAGAGGAAACAUCAUUGAAAUACCGUGAACCAGAAUAUGAUUCGUCAAAGGGUUAUGUUUCCUACUCCAACUCGGAAUGGACAGUAACAGAGAGACGAUCUAUGAAGAGGGCUGUGGAUGGACAUGAAAUGAUUAGAGUUAUUGUGGUAUUAAAAAGGAAAUAUGUUAGCCUAGUGUUGACAUUGGUGUUGCCAGUUAUUCUUCUGGCAUUCCUCAACGUAUUCGUGUUCCUUCUACCCACUGAAUCUGGUGAAAAACUCUCCUUUUCUGUCACAAUUCUUCUCGCACAGGCUGUUUUCCUCAGCUUUAUAUCCGAUCUAAUGCCCCAGGCAACUGACACCAUUUCCGGCCUCUCCAUUUAUAUUUCAACUCAGCUGGUUCUCAGUUCCUUGUAUGUUUUGAUUACCUGCUGUAAUUUAAGGAUUUACCAUAGGGAUACUAACAGAUGCCGUAUACCACGCUGGUUCCUUAAACUUAUUUGCAUCUCCAUUAAUUCAGACAACUGUGUUUAUCCAAUCAAAGAGGAUGGGGUAGCAGGAAGUGACAUUAGUCAAAGAUUGGAUAGAAUUUGCUUCUGGUUUUUCUUAGUUAUUGUGUUUUUGAUGACUACCAUAUUUCUUAUGGGUGGUAUAUAUUGAAAA